CUGUAGCAACAUGGCGGCCACGGAGGACGAGCGUCUCGUGGGGACUGGUGAAGGAGAGCGGCUGGAUUUCCUGCGGGACCGGCACGUGCGGUUCUUCCAGCGCUGCCUCCAGGUCUUGCCAGAGCGCUAUUCUUCGCUCGAGACCAGCAGGUUGACAAUUGCAUUUUUUGCGCUCUCCGGGCUGGAUAUGUUGGAUUCCUUAGAUGUGGUGAACAAAGAUGAUAUAAUAGAGUGGAUUUACUCCCUGCAGGUCCUUCCCACAGAAGACAGAUCAAAUCUAAAUCGCUGUGGUUUCCGAGGCUCUUCAUACCUGGGUAUUCCAUUCAAUCCAUCAAAGAAUUCUGGAACAGCUCAUCCUUAUGAUAGUGGCCACAUAGCGAUGACCUACACUGGCCUUUCAUGCUUAGUUAUUCUUGGAGACGACCUAAGCCGGGUAAAUAAAGAAGCUUGCUUAGCAGGCUUGAGAGCCCUUCAACUGGAAGAUGGAAGUUUUUGUGCAGUACCUGAAGGCAGUGAAAAUGACAUGCGAUUUGUAUACUGUGCUUCCUGUAUUUGCUAUAUGCUCAACAACUGGUCUGGCAUGGAUAUGAAAAAAGCCAUCAACUAUAUUAGAAGAAGUAUGUCCUAUGACAAUGGGUUGGCACAGGGAGCUGGACUUGAAUCUCAUGGAGGAUCCACUUUUUGUGGCAUUGCAUCCCUGUGUCUGAUGGGUAAACUAGAAGAAGUUUUUUCAGAAAAAGAAUUGAACAGGAUAAAGAGGUGGUGUAUAAUGAGGCAACAAAAUGGUUACCAUGGAAGACCUAAUAAGCCUGUAGACACCUGUUAUUCUUUUUGGGUGGGAGCAACUCUAAAGCUUCUGAAAAUUUUCCAAUACACUAACUUUGAGAAAAAUAGAAAUUACAUCUUAUCAACUCAAGAUCGCCUCGUAGGGGGAUUUGCCAAGUGGCCAGAUAGUCAUCCAGAUGCUUUGCAUGCAUACUUUGGGAUCUGUGGCCUGUCACUAAUGGAGGAAAGUGGAAUUUGUAAAGUUCAUCCUGCCCUGAACGUAAGCACUCGGACUUCCGAACGCCUUCGAGAUCUCCAUCAGAGCUGGAAAAGCAAGGACUCUAAACAAUGCUCAGAGAAUGCACACAUCUCCACGUGACUUGACUUUAGAUUGGGAGGGUGGGGGGAUUUGUAGCAUAACUGUAGCUCAAGGUUAAAAGCCAUGUAUAACCAAGCGUGCUCUUUUUUUAAGAGGUAGAUUCCUACAAUCAAAUCUUGUGCUGAUGUCACUUUGGGAUAUGGUCUUGAGCCAGUAACCUUUGUACUGGGUUUCAAGAAAAUCUUUGUUGAAGUUUGAACCACAGUGGACUCUCUUGUGGUUCUUAAAUGUUUAUACUGUAUUUCUAAGAAGUUCUUUGAGGCAAAUUAACUGUAUGUAGGUUAUCUUUUUGAACAACUCUUCAGUAGACUGUAUCAUAUUAUAAAAGGGACAAAAAUCUUCAAAAUAAGUUUACAGUUCACAUAGCAUUGAUAAUCUUCAGGUGAACACUUAGUGAUCGAUCAUUUAAAAAGCUUGAUUGCUGAUGGUAGAAAUUUGCUUUAAGGAAUUAAGUAUCUGGGAUUAUUCUUUGAAAACAGAUGAUCCCAUAGUCUUUAAAAAGAAGAAUGACUUAUUUUGUCUUAUUCUUCAGUGUGCCAAUUAAACUUGUGUGGCUUAUAUAAAUGAAAUUAACUUCAUAGCAAGAAUGAAUAGGCCUGACUAAUACGAUAAUUUUCUAAAGAGAAAUUGUUUGAACAAGACUAUUAUGUAACUGAGGGAAAAGUAAUUUAACUGUAUGUGAUUUUGAAUGGGAAAGUUUUGUGCUGUGCAGGUCAUUUAUUUAGAUAUUGCUGGUGGAUAGCAAUUAUGUUUGAUUUUCAUCUCAAAUUAUUAGUUGCUUUUCUUUUUCUUUCUGGGGAAAAAAUAGUUUUAUCUAGAAGGAGAGACAUUUAGUGGUUUUGUUUAUUUUUCUGAGAUAUGUGAUAUUAUAAAUUAUACUUGUACUUUUAUAACUGAAUUAUUUUUAGCCAUUUGGAUUCUUUUUAGUUUCUUGCCCCCAGUGUAUUAGCUGGUCUAAUUUCAAACUGAUGCUUUUCUAAUUUUUUCAAAUUAAAUAAGUAAAAAUUUAAGUAAAAAAAAAGAACCACUCAAGUAAAUUUAAUGGUAUAGCUGCGUACAUGGUUGUUUAUAUAUUUAUAUUUUUAGGUAAGUGGGAGGGAAAUGUACCAUUUAGGGGUUAAGGACUGGGGUUUUGCUUUUGUUCUUUUUGUUUUGUUUUCUUCAUUCUAUGAACUAGCUAAUUGUAAAGGAGUUAGUUUAAAAAUUCAUCUUUAUUAGUAAUCAAUUUAUCAAUAAAUCAUAUCCAUCAC